AUGGCCCCCAGCGGCGACGUGCACCCCCAGGACGAGGUCCUAGACCAUUCGCUCAGCGAUCCCACGAGUUUCUGGGCCCACCACGCCGACCAGCUGCACUGGCAUAAGAAGCCCACGUCGGUACUGGAGAUUUCGGAGAAGAAGCUCAAGUCGGGCGUCACCCACGACACGUGGACCUGGUUCCCCGGUGGAGAGAUAUCCACGUGUUUCAACUGCGUCGACCGACAUGUGCUCGACGGCCAUGGGGACUCCCCGGCGAUCCUCUACGAUAGCCCGGUGACCAACACGAAGCAGAGAAUCACCUAUGCCGAGCUCCUGCUCGAGGUGGAAACCCUCGCCGGAGUACUGAGGGCGGAAGGGGUGAAGCGCGGCGACGUCGUCAUAGUGUAUAUGCCCAUGAUACCAGCGGCCCUCAUCGGCAUCCUAGCCAUCAAUAGGUUAGGAGCCAUCCACGCCGUCGUCUUUGGCGGGUUCGCCUCCAACGCUCUGGCGCAGCGCAUCGACGCUUCGCAGCCCGUAGCGAUCCUCACCGCGUCGUGCGGAAUCGACGGGACGAAGCCGCCCAUCCCCUACCAGCCCUUGGUCGAGGAGGCCGUCCGCAUCGCCAGCCACAAGCCGAGCAGGACGCUCGUGUGGCAGCGGCCGCAAUCCGAGUGGCGGCCCGUGAGGGAACCCGCCGGCGAGCGGGACUGGGCCGCCCUCGUCCAGGACGCCAAGAGGCGCGGGGUCAAGGCUGCGUGCGUGCCGGUCAAGAGCACCGAUCCCAUCUACAUCAUCCACACGAGCGGCACGACGGGGCUGCCCAAGGGGGUCUUGCGGGAUGCUGGUGGGCACGCGGUCGGCUUGCACCUCUCCAUCAGCUACUUGUUCAACAUUCACGGUCCGGGUUGCGUCUCUUUUACUGCGAGCGACGUGGGCUGGAUCGUGGGGCAUUCGUAUAUUCUUUACGGACCACUCUUGACCGGUGCCGCCACGGUGCUCUACGAGGGCAAACCCGUGGGCACCCCAGACGCGUCGGCCUUUUGGCGCAUCGUCGAAGAGUACAAGGUCAACACCAUGUUCACCGCGCCCACGGCCCUCCGAGCCAUCAAGAGGGACGACCCCAACAACGAAAGCUCGAGCGCAUCGGCGCCCGCGGGGUCUCCGAUCCCUCAAGGCCCUGAUCUCCUGGCCAAGCACGGCGCCAAGGAGGCGCACGUCGUGGACAACUGGUGGUCGACCGAGGUGGGCUCGCCCAUCACGGGGAGGGCGCUCGUGCCCCACGCGGGCAGGGACCGCAAGACGUCGACGAGGGACCACCCGCCUCCGCGUAUCCGGCCGGGCAGCGCGGGCAAGGCCAUGCCCGGGUUCGAUAUUCGCGUGGUCGACGACCGCGGCGAGGAGGACGAGGAGAGGUUCUACAACGGCUAUCUGAAGCGGUUCAAGGGCCGGUGGCUCGAUACGGGCGAUGCGGGGUGGAUUGAUAAGGAGGGGAAGCAUCGAGCAAGCCGUGACGAGCCACCCCUCGUAGCAGAAGCCUGCGUCGUCGGGAUCCCAGACGAGCUCAAGGGCCAGCUCCCCUUCGCCCUCGUCACGCUCCUCACGCCCGACCACCCCACCUCGGCGAUCCCGGCCAAGGCGCUCGUGGACGAGAUCCAGACCCUGGUGCGCUCGCAGGUGGGGGCCAUCGCCACGCUCGGCGGCAUCAUCCAGGGCAAGGGGAUGAUUCCCAAGACCCGCUCCGGCAAGACGCUGAGACGGGUGCUCCGCGAGCUCCUGGAGAACGCCGUCCACGCCGAGUUCGACAAGGAGGUGCAGGUGCCGUCCACGGUCGAGGACGCGGCCGUCGUGGAGGUGGCCCGCGCCAAGGUCAAGGAGUACUUUGCGGAGAAGGGCGGGAGCCAUCGGCCGGUGGAGGCGCGGGCCAAGUUGUAA